UCGGCGGGCUUGGGUAAGUGAGCGGAAGGCCGCAGGCUCUCCGCCUGGCUGACGUUCUCUCCGGCAGGAUGUCGUCGGCGUCGCCCCGGAGUACUGAGGACCUCCGGAAGCGGACCCUCGGAGAGCUUCGGGAGAUGCUGGCGCGUCAGGAGAAGCUGCUGCGGAACGAGAAAUUUAUUCGCAGUUUACCAGAUGGAGGGAAAAAGAUCUCUGACUUUGUUGAGAGAGUAAAAUUAGCCAUUGCAGAACAUGAAGAGCUCAAGAGAACUAACAGAUUGGACUUUGAUUCAAAGCAAACUUCAGCACAUGGAAUAAAUAAUUUAGGUGUGGAUAAGCCAUGGACUCCUGACCAGAGAAGGGAAACAUCAUCAGUUCUUGAUUCUUCCCCUGCAGUUAGAAACAGGUCAUCUAAAAUAGCCUCAAGAAAUCAGGGAAUUGAAUCUAACAUGGAAAGAUCUGUUCCCCUAAGUCAUGAUGAAGCUGGAGAGUCAGAAGGUGACACACAGUGCGACAAAUGGAUGUGGAAUAACAGUAAAGGUGUUGUAACUUUGCCAUCAGAAACAAAUGAACAGUCUCACCAACUUGGUUUUCUAAAUCAUUCAAGAGACAUUUCAGGAAGCACUGAUGACAUGUUUAUUGAUUGUUUACAAAGGAUCACAAUUAAUGAUGAUGAAAACCAGUCAGAAGACACAAACAUGGAUCACUUUUGUACCUUUCACAGUAACAUACCCAAAAAACCUCAUUCAUCCUGGAGCAUUCUUAAUGCUCCAGGAGCUACUUCUCCCAACUGA